UUAAGAUGUAACAGACAUCGCAUGGAAACAGCAGAGGGCAGCAAUACGCCUCGGAUGCAUCUAGUCUGCCAAAACCCAAGAAGAAGAAGAUUCUUCUUCCCUGGUCUUACAGCAGAAACAUGGCGACCUUGUGUAAGGUUGUGUACAGGCUCAGGUGUGGGGUCCGGGUAACCCCCUCCAAGUUCAUCCAGAGCUCUUUCUGCUCUGACUCCAGCGGAGCCUCCAGUAGUGACCAGCCCGCCCCUGAGAGACCUAAGUCCGGCUUCGCUGCCGCCUUCGACCUCCAGUCCGAACUCCGGCGGGAGGCUGAGAGCUCCGCGGCCGGGAGCAGCGCCUCCUCCCCGGUCCAGAAAGAGAGCUUCGCCUCGCUGCUCCGCCGGUCCCCGCUGAUGCAGAUGGGUCCUCCCAAAGAUAAGGUGGUUAUCGGGAGAAUAUUCCACGUGGUCCAGGACGACCUGUACAUCGACUUCGGAGGAAAGUUCCACUGUGUGUGCCAGAGGCCGGCUGACGGAGAGAGGCUGCAGCGGGGCACCAGGGUCCGUCUGCGGCUACAAGACAUGGAGCUCACCUCCCGCUUCCUGGGAGCUGCCACUGACACUACGCUGCUGGAAGCACAAGCUUUCCUGCUGGGCCCACUGGAGUCGAGAGAGACUCGGGAGCCCCAGAGCCAGGACUGACUGGGGCCAAAGAACCGAGACUUACUAGGACAGACCUCCAGGCUGGGCUUGGGUUAAAAUCAGACAAUUGUGAAUGGGGUUUGGUUGGACUGGAGCUAAAGGACAAUCCUGAACUGGAGCCAGGAGGACAGGCAGCUGACUGGGACUCGGUCUACAUAUAUUAACUCUUAUGACACGUGGAGGUUGAUUUCAGACUCUGAUAUUACACAGUUGUAAGAAAAAUAACAUCCUGUUAAUGGACUGCUGGUCACGUGAUGUUAAGUUGAAGCCAGUUUCUAUCAAAGAGAUUAAAUGUCAGACUGUAAAAUAAAUAUUCAUCAUUAUUUCCUUUUUGACUGUUUGAUGACUCCACCCCUCCCAGAAUAACAACUUUUACAGAGAAGGGUUGAAAUUUAAAAUUUAAUGAUUUUAAAGGAUAAUCUUAAUGUGCACAAGACAUGUUCCCACCAGAUCACUUCCAGAACAAAUAAAUAACACUUGUGCACCUGGUAGUACCUUUUUUCCACCAAAUAUUACUAGUUUAUGAGAACAUAUUUUUGUGUGCAAGAGACAAAAAAGUUCUUGCCAAGUAUUGCAGGAGAUAAUUUGGGGACUGUUAAUAUUAAGGGUCAAGUUGCCGUUGCACAAGAUAAUAACUUUAACCCUUAGAGAUAAUUUGACCACACAACAGAAACUCAGAAAAGUGUCUUAUUCACAGAUAUUGGCUUACGAACAAGAAAAUAAACUUGGUUAACAAAAUAACACGGGCAAGUUAGGAUCAUGACCUGUCCCAACAAGAUAACGAGGGAAAGACACAAGGAUAUUUUUGGAAUAAUUGAUCUCUGUGGUGCAUAAGAUAGGAAAGUGAGGAAAUAACUUAUUUCUUCAAAUAAUGACUUGUUGAAACAAGAUCAUUUCUAUGCACAAGAUAACAUCUAAUAUGUGUCCUCAGAGCUCGUGCAGACCGCUGCCUGUGUCUUCUGCUGUCAGUAUAAAGAUCCUCCUCACAUUCAAAAACCAGA